GGCGGCCUGCGCUUCUGGGCCGGCCCCCCGGGCGCGUCCCCGCCCACGAGGGUGCGCGUUUCCCACGCCCUGCAAGCUCCCCAUGCGCGUCCUUCCCUGUCAAGGGCUUGCCUAGCCCAGGUGCUCUCGGGCCUUGGCCUCCAGCAGGUUCUCAGAAUAUUUUGUCCCGGAGCGAGCCCCCAACUCCGGAUGCCGGCGCCCCGGACGAGCCACGUGCGCCCCGCGCAGCGAGUGCGCGCCCCGCCCCAAGGGAGGAGCGUGCCGGCUCCCAGGCACUUGGCCCCAGCUGCAGCCCGCGGCUGCGACCCGGCGUUCCCUGCUUUUCCUCCUCUCCAGCUGGCUUCUGACCCCGCCUCCGCCCUCCCCUCCCCGGGCUCUUCCCGCCGCCUCACCCGGCCCGCCCGUCUGCCUUUCCAGUCUGGCCGGCGGGGGCCGCACGCUGGGCGGCUCAGGCCGUGGGACCGUGGUCAGUCCUUUACCAGAAAUUCUUGGCUGGUUAUCGCGAAGCCGACAGGGAGCAAGAGCUGGGAGAACUGGAGAAAACCGCUCUAAUCUGACUUGAUUCUGGCAAGAAGUGGACCCUGCGUCAUAAUAACCAGCAUUUGCAAAGCGGUCUCAGAGGUACUGUCCCAUUUGAUCCUUAACUCAGCAUUGUGAGGUCUGGGUAUUAGUAGUCCUUUUUGCAAAUGAGGGAAUGGAAUAAGGCUUAGAGGGGUCUUGUGAACUGCUUUUGAGGGGUUGUGGGCUUUGGAUUCUAACCCUACAACCUGUUGUGUUCCCCUCUGAUCCUCUCUCUUAAGAUGAGCUUCUAGUUGAGGGAACUUUGUUGACCUUGAGUCUCUGGAGCCCUCUGCAUGGCUGUCCCCUGGAUGGGGUCCAGUCAGUGUCCAGGGUGAAUGUGUCCACCACAGUCCUGAUGCCCUCUUCUGCCUGAAUUGUCAUUUUUCCAGUUUCCAUGGCAGCCCCUAUCCCUGAGGUCUUUCAAAGGCUGGAUGUAUUCAGGGGCUCAAGAAAGUCUCCACCAAGGUCAAUUCAUUACUGACACCCCUCAUUCUCAUCCUUCCUUGCUGGGGAGGUGUGAAGCCUGGGAAAUUCCAAGUCUGUGAGUCACUUACAGUUUUUCAGAGAUUGGCCUAAGCCCAGCUUGACAACACCGGCUCUCUCGGACGGGUUCCCCUCCUCUGAAAUCUUCACCUUCUUAAAGUUGACACUGAACUGUUUCACUUGAUUAGUGCUCCCAAAUGGAUUCUCCAUCCUUAGUACUAACAAUAUUUCCCCUCUGAAUGAAUAUUCAGAGUUGUACUUUAUAGGGUGCUUUCACCUGGUUGCCCUUCACAGCCACUCCUUGUGAGGUAGACAAGAUGAGGAAUGAAGGUGGGUGGGGAAGGUGUGAUGGCUUACCAGUGAAGGACUGAGCUGUGGCUUCCGUCCCACACAGCAACUUUCCUGGAACAUCAAAAGUUGACUCCAGCCUCCCUGCCCCACUGACUACUGACUGUACUAAGAUAGGACAUUUCUGUGUGCUGGAGAGGAUAGGGCACGAGGCAUCUCAGUCUUCCGGUGUCCUCAUCCUGCAUGGCACGCUGACUCAGAAGAUUUGCAGCCCCACCUCACACCCCGUAGUAAAACUGGCCCUGAAGGAGCCCAGGGCGCCUCUGGAGGCUCCUGCUCUAGGGUGAUUUGUCUCAGAGAUUCCUCAAGAACUGAGCCCUUUGCAGGACUCAUGCCCCAGCCUGUGCCCCCAUGACCAGGUGGAUAGCACUCCUUGUGCCUGCGACCCAGAACCCUGGCUGACCACAUUGAAGCAGGAUGCUCCAGCAGGUUAAUGGCCACAGUUCAGGCUCUGAUGCCCAUGGCGGGGAAUCCCUCAGAGAAGACCUGCAGGAGUUCCUGGGCGGGGAGGCCCCGCUGCACCAGCUGGAUGACCUCACCAAGGUGAAUCCUGUGACACUGGAGACAGUCUUGAGGUGUCUGCAGGCCCGGUACAUGGCAGACACGUUGUACACCAGCGCUGGCUGCACCCUGGUGGCUCUGAACCCCUUCAAGCCCAUCCCUCAGCUCUAUUCACCAGAGCUGAUGCAAGAGUACCACGCUGCUCCUCAGCCCCAGAAACUGAAGCCCCACAUCUUCACUGUGGGUGAACAGACCUACAGGAAUGUCAAGAGCCUGAUUGAGCCAGUCAACCAGUCUAUUGUCGUCAGUGGAGAGAGUGGUGCCGGGAAGACAUGGACGUCCCGCUGCCUUAUGAAGUUCUACGCUGUGGUGGCCGCGUCACCCACAUCCUGGGAAAAUCACAAGAUUGCAGAGAGGAUCGAACAGCGAAUCUUGAACUCCAACCCCGUCAUGGAAGCUUUCGGGAACGCGUGCACACUGAGGAAUAACAACAGUAGCCGCUUUGGGAAGUUCAUCCAGCUCCAGCUGAACAGGGCCCAGCAGAUGACUGGAGCUGCAGUUCAGACCUACUUGCUAGAGAAGACUCGAGUGGCCUGCCAGGCCUCCAAUGAGAGGAACUUCCACAUCUUCUAUCAGAUCUGCAAAGGAGCCAGUGCUGACGAGAGGCUCCAGUGGCACCUCCCUGAGGGAGCCGCCUUCUUCUGGCUGCCCAACCCAGAGAGGACCUUGGAAGAGGAUUGUUUCGAGGUGACCAGGGAGGCCAUGCUUCAUUUGGGCAUCGAUGCCCCCACCCAGAACAACAUCUUUCAGGCCCUAGCUGGACUGCUGCACCUCGGCAACACCCGGUUUGCUGACUCCGGGAACGAAGCCCAGCCCUGCCCACUGAUGGACGAUGCUAAGUGCUCUGUCAGGACAUCGGCCUCACUGCUGCGGCUCCCAGAAGACCCUCUGCUGGAGACACUGCGGAUUCGAACCAUCAGGGCAGGCAGGCAGCAGCAGGUGUUCCGGAAGCCCUGCUCCCGGGCCGAGUGUGACACCCGCAGAGACUGUCUGGCCAAACUGGUCUAUGCACGGCUGUUUGACUGGCUGGUAUCGGUGAUCAACAGCAGCAUCUGUGCGGACCCCGACUCCUGGACCACUUUCAUAGGCCUGCUGGACGUGUACGGGUUUGAGUCGUUCCCCACCAACAGUCUGGAACAGCUGUGCAUCAACUAUGCCAGCGAGAAGCUGCAGCAGCACUUCGUGGCUCACUACCUCAGGGCCCAGCAGGAGGAGUACACGGCUGAGGGUCUGGAGUGGUCGACUGUCAGCUACCAGGACAACCAGACCUGUUUGGAUCUCAUCGAGGGGAGCCCCGUCAGCAUCUGCUCCCUCAUAAACGAGGAAUGCCGCCUUAAUCGGCCAAGCAGUGCAGCCCAGCUCCAGACACGCAUUGAGAGUGCGCUGGCAGGCAGCCCCUGCCUGGGCCACAAUAAGCUCAGCCGGGAGCCCAGCUUCAUCGUGGUGCAUUAUGCGGGGUCUGUGCGGUACCACACCGCAGGCCUGGUGGAGAAGAACAAGGACCCCAUCCCCCCUGAGCUGACCAGGCUCCUGCAGCAAUCCCAGGACCCCCUGCUCAAAGUGCUGUUUCCUGCUGACCCUGAAGAGAAGUCCCAGGAGGAGCCCUCUGGCCAGAGCAGGGCCCCUGUGUUGACCGUGGUGUCCAAGUUCAAGGCCUCCCUGGAGCAGCUUCUGCAGGUCCUGCAUAGCACCACACCCCACUACAUUCGCUGCAUCAAGCCCAACGGCCAGGGCCAGGCGCAGAUGUUCCACCAGGAGGAGGUCCUGAGCCAGCUGGAGGCCUGUGGCCUCGUGGAGACCAUCCACAUCAGUGCCGCCGGCUUCCCCAUCCGGGUCUCUCACCGGAACUUCCUGAAGCGGUAUGAGUUACUGAGAAGGCUCCGUCCUGGUGCAGCCCCCAGCCCCCAUGGCCCACCUCCAGAUGAAGGGCGCUCAGAAUGGUCUCCACACUCCGAGCAGGCCACGCUGCAAGCCCUCCUCCAGGACAUCCUCCACACACUGCCAGCCCUGGCUCAGGCACCAGCUGAGACCACGCCAGCCCCAGUGCACUGUGGCAGGACCAAGGUGUUCAUGACUGACUCCACGCUGGAGCUUCUGGAACGCGGGCGUGCCCAGGUGCUGGAGCAGUGUGCCCGCAGCAUCCAGGGUGGCUGGAGGCGACACUGGGGCCGCAAGCAGGAGAGGCAGAGGCGGGCCGCCGUGCUCAUCCAGGCAGCUGUUCGUUCCUGGCUGACUCGGAAGCACAUCCAGAGGCUGCACGCAGCUGCCACGGUCAUCAAACGCGCGUGGCAGGAGUGGAGAAUUAAAAUGGCCUUCCUGGCUUCUAAAGAACUGGAUGGUGUGGAAGAACAACACUCGUCUCAAGUCACCUGUUCCCCGAGCUCCUUGCCACUGCCCCAGGCACAGGCCAGGCUCCUGGGGGCAGUAACCCGCUUCUGGCCCCUGGGACUGGUCCUGGCCAACGCCGCCGUGGGUGCUCGUGGCUUCCGGAGGAAGCUGGUGGUCUUCGCCUGCCUCCCCCUCCCCGUGGGCAGCCCCAGCAGCUACACUGUCCAGACAGCACAAGAACAAGCUGGAGUCACGUCCAUCCGAGCGCUGCCUCAGGGUUCGAUAAAGUUUCACUGCAGAAAGUCUCCACUGCGCUAUGCUGACAUCUGCCCUGAACCUUCGCCCAACAGUGUUACUGGCUUUAAUCAGAUCCUGCUGGAAAGACACAGGCUGGGCCACGUGUGAUCUCUCCUCACAUUCCAUCCUCACCUGGCUGGGCCCUCCCUGGUGCCUUUGUUUCUCCACGGCCUUUUCCUGCCAGCUGCCUUGCCAAAGACAUCUAAUCAACACACAGCUGCCAAACAACUCCCACAGCGACUCAGAGCACACGUCGGGAGCCGCGGCUCCAGCCUGCAGGCCAGGCCGGGGCGGCAGCUGCACCAGUGGCCCGGGGCGCCGAUCUACGCCUCCAGCCCUGACAGGUGUCAGGGCUGGUAGCUACCAAACCUGGAUUAAGAAACUUCAGGACCUUCAUAGAACCCACUCGGUGGUGCUGGACAGCAGGCACCCCGCUCCUCCAACCCCACAGGCAAAGUCAGCUUGAAAUGAGCUCUAAAAUUCUGGCUGGCAGAAAUUUUGCCUUUAGUUCCUUUAAAAGGAACAAAGCUUACUAUUUAAAUAUUUGUUGUUUAAUGUAAUUUCAAGCAACUAGAUUAUGAAUCAAGAAUGACGAGCAAUGCAAUGCACCACAGAACCACCACACUUUAAUUUUGAAACACUGAUCAAGUUUUAACUCAACUGGGUGUGAAAACCAUUUUUAUGUCUUAAUUGUACCGAAAAUAAAACAUUUAAAAACAA